GGACAAAUAGUAAAAAAAAAUUUGGGGAAUUUGCUGUAAUCUACAGUAUUCUUAUUAUUAAAAUAGUUUGGUGUUUUGCAAGUGUGUGUUAACUCAAAAUUUCCAGGGUUUUGUGGUAUUUUAGGCUUAUUUUGUUAAAAAGAAAAAAGAGAAAAAAGUAAACAAUGUUACAAGGAAUAGAUGGUAACCGAAACAAGAAGCAUCCAAUCCGUCGUCUUAGGAGCCUUGCAGUUAUCCUUGAAGAUACACAUCUUGAUAAGGAUAGAAGUACUUCAACAUCAAUGAAAAAUCAUGAGAUCCAACGUCCACUACGACGCCGGGAUCCAGAUAGAACACUAACAACCCGUCUAGAUUCAUUCAGGCUCAGUAUGGGUGGUAAACCUCAUUUACAUUCGGCGGAUUUAUUUGAAAAUUUUAGUCCAGUUCAACUGGAACGUCAAUUUUGGGUUCCAACGCUCCCUCUAUCACUGAGCUCAACUAUGGUGGAUAUACGUGAAAUUGAAAUCCCAGAUUUGAUACAAAAGGAUGCUGAUGUAUUAAAAAAAUUACUUCCACAUACUUUUGGGGGUCCAUGUGUUGAGAUAAUUCAAAGCAAUAAUACAAGUCCAAAUGGAACUCCAUUUCAUGCAUUAAGGGUAGGAAUUGUACUUUCUGGAGGACCAGCUCCUGGAGGACAUAAUGUUAUUGGUGGAGUUUAUGAUUUUAUAAAGUCCUAUCAUCCAGAUAGCCAACUUUUUGGUUUCUUAGGUGGUCUUGAUGGAUUAUUCAAAUCUACUUAUAAAAUUGUUUCUCAAGAAUUAAUGGACCGAUUUAGAAAUCAGGGAGGUUUUGAUAUGCUUUGGUCUGGUAGAGGACGUAUAAAUAAUGAGCAAGAUUUAGAAAAUGUACGUGAAGUAUGUGAGCAGUUACAAUUACAUGGGUUAAUUAUAGCUGGUGGUGAUGGGUCUAAUUCUAAUGCAGCUCUUAUUGCUGAUUAUAUGGCUAAGCACAACAAUCAUAUAAGUGUAGUGGGAGUUCCCAAAACAAUAGAUGGUGAUUUAAAGAAUUCAGCUGUUGAAGUGUCAUUUGGAUUUCAUACAGCUGCCAGAACAUAUGCAGAAUGUGUUGGGAAUUUAUGUUCAGAUAUCUGUACUUCACAAAAUGUUUAUCACUUUGUAAGAGUUAUGGGGAGAUCUGCAUCUCACUUAGCUUUAGAGGUAGCUUUACAAACAAGACCAAAUAUGGUAUUUAUAGCUGAGGAAGUAGAACAAAAUGGCAUUACCCUUUUUGAAAUCGUGAAGAGUAUUGUAGAUUUGAUUGAAACUAGAGCAAAGAUGGGUAAGAUGUACGGUAUUAUAUUAAUACCUGAAGGUCUGAUUGAAUUCAUUCCUGAAAUGAAAAUUUUGAUCGAAGAACUCAAUAAUAUUUUGGAUAAAAUGAAAUCCAGAGAGGAUACUUUGAAUAAUGAAGUAUCUUCCAAUAUUGGAAUUAAUCCUGAGUCUAUAGAUUCUAAGGUUUACACUUCUUUAGAACCUAAUUCUGAAGAAUAUGAUAGGGAGAUAGCUAGGCUAUUAUCGCCUUCUUCAGCAAAUAUCUGGGAAUAUUUACCUGAAACAAUUAGAGAACAACUUUUGAUAGAUCGUGAGGCUACUGGACAAAUCCAAGUUGCUAAAAUUGCUACAGAAAGACUUUUGAUAUUACUUGUAGAGGCUGAAUUACAUUGUAGACAUGGCUAUUCUUCUUAUUAUGAUCUACAACAUUACCGAACUUUGGUAAAAAAAACAGAUAAAGAUGUAACCCAAGAUUCAAAUAAGCUAUUUGAUAAUAUGAAUACAAACAUCUGUACAGAUUCACCUGUACCUACACAAGAUGACAUUUUAUCUAUUCCAUAUAGCUUUACAAUGAUGCACCACUACUUAGGAUAUGAGGGACGUUGUGCUAUGCCUUCUAACUUUGAUGCAAACUAUUGUUAUGCCCUGGGACAUUGUGCUGCAGCUCUAGUAUACAAAGGUAUGAAUGGCUACCUUGCUUUAAUACGGAAUUUAGAAGAAAAUCCCAUUAAUUGGCAAGCUUGCGGUAUUUCAAUAACACGUAUUAUGGAAAUAAAAAAGUCCAGAUCUGAUGAUAGUCUAUUUGCAGCAGUAACAAGACAAUUGGUAGAUUUAAAUGGACCAAUGUUUCAGCUCCUGAAACGUGUACGCAAUAUUUGGGCAAUUCAUGAUUUAUACAGAGCCCCAGGUCCUUUACAAUUUGAAGGUCCCUGCUCAGAUUCCAUUCCUUAUAUUGUGAAGUCCCCAACUAUUGAAGAUCUACUCUGUGGAGAAGAAACAGAUGAGAAAUUGCUUAGUGAAGGAAUUGGAGCUGGUGUUUCAGAAGGAGCUAUGACAGUUAUAGACAAUAAUGGAGGUUUAGAAGGGAAUGUAACAACUACUAAUGGCAAGAGAGGCGUAUUUAAUAGGAUUUCAGGGACUUUAUCACCUUUGCAGUUAUAUAGAACUACAUAUCGCCCUCCUUUACCUUUAUUAUUGACACAUCUUAAAGCCAGAUGUAAACCUACAACACAAUAUAAUGUAAGUGAUCCCCUAAUAAAAAGACAAAUUAUAAGCUUUUACCCUCACUUAUGUAAUAAUAAUCAUUUUUACUGUCAAGAGGUUCAAUUAGAUCUAUCCUGUUCAGAACCCAACGUUGGGCUACGAAUUGGGAUUUUACUCUUAUCUAGACAAACACCUGGUAUAGCUAAUGUAGUUUGGGGAUUAUAUCAUAGACUUCGAAUGGUUAGAGGUCGUUGUUUAGGAUUUUAUGGAGUAAAAGGUUUUCUACAAGGUAAACAUAUUACAUUGACAGAGAAAGAUGUUGAUCUAUUACCAAAUCAAGGUGGCUCAGAGCUUAUUGGACGAACAUAUACAGAAUGUCUAGUAUCAACUGAAAACCUAGAAAAAGCCCGUCAAGUAUGCGAAAGCUUACAUCUAGAUGGUCUGGUUUUGUGUGGAUCAGCCUUUGGAAUGACCCAAAGUGCCAUUCUGACUGAAUAUUUUUUGCAACACAACUGCAAUACGAAAAUAGUAGGAGUUCCAGCUACAGCAUCAAAUAAUCUUACCAAUGAUUUAGUUGAAACUUGUGUUGGAUUUGAUUCAAGUACCAAACUCUAUGCAAGUUUAAUUGGUAAUGUACUAACAGAUGCAGCAUCAAUGCCAAAAUAUUGGCACUUUAUUCGCUUAAUGGGAAGACAACCUUCAAAUGAGGUAUUAGAAUGCGCUCUACAGACUCAUCCAAAUGUCGUAAUUAUUGCAGAAGAAUAUGGAGCAGCUGAUAAGACCCUCGUGCAUAUAGUGGAGGAUGUUGCAGAUGUUAUAUGCAAGAGAGCUGAGUUUGGGAAGAAUUUUGGUACAGUUUUAAUUCCUGAUGCACUAUUAUCUCAUCUUCCUGAUAUGAAGAUCCUCAUUUCUGAAAUUAAUGAGUUGCGAAGGCAUGCAGAAGAGAAUGGUCAACAGAAGCUUUUCAUGUCUGAGAUGAUGAGAUUAGGACAUAUGAAUGUUUCCAAAAGUGGAAACAUUAAUGGAAAUAUAAAUAGUAGUGAGAAAGGUAGUAAUGGAAGUUCUCCCAUGACAAAAAGUCCAUCUGUGGGAAGUCAUAUAAAUGAAAGUGUAGUUCCAAAUAAUUCCCAAAUUGAGGAAAAUCCUAAGUAUUCAUUAAAAAUGACUCCAUGGAGUCAAGCUCUAUUUAAAUCUUUACCUCGUUUUAUUCGUAAGGAGAUAUUAUCUCUGGAUGUUGAUUCAGCAUUUUCAGCUAUUGAAACUGAGGCUUUACUAGUAUUAAUGAUAAAGAAGGAGCUUAGAAAACGUAAACAAGAGGGCAAGUACAACGGAAACUUCCAGCCAUUUACACACUUCUUUGGUUAUCAGGGACGUUCAGCAAUGCCUUCUCAAUUUGAUUCAAAACUUGGCUAUGCUUUAGGUCAUUUUGCAUCAAUAGUAGUCGAAAGUGGUCUUACAGGUCAACUAUGCUCUAUCAGAGGGUUAUGUGGCGAAGUCUCAGAUUGGAGAAUGACAUCAAUACCCUUCAAUUGUCUAAUGCGCAUUGUACCAUCUAAUGAUGAGACACAUCCUGAAUUACCGAGUAAUAUCCCAACAAUUCCAUCUAGUGAAGUAGAUCUAAAAGGAAAAGCUUACCGUUGGCUAAAAAUAGUUCAAGAUCAUUGGGCUAUGCAGGACCGUUUUUGUAACCCAGGUCCAAUUCAGUUUGAUGGACCAGCUGCAAAUUUCUACUUCCGAACGCUUCACGAGCAACAAUCUGAAUACUAUGAAAUGCUUAAACAUGUUCAGAAUUAUGCAGAAUUAGUUCGUGAAACUUGUACAUUUGGGGUUAAUGAAUCAUUUUUGAAGACGGCCUUUGUGACCUUAAAUGGUCUUUUAAAUUUGCGAUACAGAGAUAAUAAUUUAUUAGCAUCACUACCAGAUAUUGGACCUUUUAUCCUGCAGAUGAAAUCUCAAUCUGGUCAGUUAUAUCCAUUAAGUUACCCAGAUCAAGUAGAUCAUACCCUUAAUCUCUGUGAUUAUAAUUCAUCCUCUCACAAGUUGCAUGGUCACUCUUCAAUAUACAAGUCACAAGGUACUUUCCAUGCUAAUGAGUCUAUUUGCCCUAGUGUAGAAGAAGGUCCAUGGAAUGUUAAUAAGUAAUUUGAACUA